AUGUCGAACCCUCUAGACAGUGAUGCCGGCUCUGAGAUGUUCAGCAGCUACGAAACGGAGCUGAACCUCGUCCAAGCCGACCUAAACCAGAAGCUUGACCAGAUUACGGAGCUGAGCGGAGAGCAACGAAACUCGGCUAUCAGACAAGCGGAGCGAGCCCUUGAAGAGGCAACAGAGCUGUUGGACCAAAUGCGCCUAGAGAAGCAGAAUAUCCCACUCGAGGCUCGGUCAAAGAUCAACAUUCGCUUUCGCAACUACUCGACAGACGUCGACGAGGCAAAGCGGAAGCUUAAAUCUCUAUCUGAUGACCGAAAGGCGCUUUUCGGUGACCGCUACACCGACGAUCCUCAGGAUGAGCAUCUGGAACAGAGACAACAGCUUCUGUCCGGAACCGAUCGCCUAGAGCGUAGCUCUGCGCGAUUGCAGGAGAGUCAACGGAUUGCGCUGGAAACCGAAGACAUUGGCCGGAACACCUUGGCUGAUCUGAACAUGCAACGGGAGACUAUCCAGCACGCGCACGGUAGACUGCAGGCAAGCGAGGGACAUGUGGACACCAGCAUCAAGACCCUGAGAGGCAUGGCCCGUAGGAUGGCUACGAAUCGGUUAAUCACGAUUGCCAUAAUCACUGUUUUGAUUUUGUUGAUUUUUGCUGUGAUCUACAGCAAGUUCAGUUGA